AUGUCUUCAUUGAUGUAUAAAAUUAUUUUAGAAGGUCAUAGUGGUGUUAAUCAAUUAGGUGGAGUUUUCGUAAACGGACGACCAUUAUCUGAAACUAUUCGACAUCAAAUUGUUGAACUGGCUCGACAAGGUGCAAGACCGUGUGAAAUUUCACGAAAAUUACAAGUAUCGAAUGGAUGUGUAUCUAAAAUCUUGGGUCGAUUUUAUCAAACCGGCUCGGUAAAGCCGAGAGCUAUCGGUGGUUCAAAACCACGUGUUGCAACACCAAAUGUCAUUGCAAAAAUUGCACAAAUAAAAACUGAAAAUUCAUCAAUAUUUGCAUGGGAAAUUCGUGAACGUCUUCUUAAGGAAUUUAUAUGUACAAAUGAUAAUUUACCGAGUAUUUCUUCUAUCAAUCGAGUAUUACGUAAUUUAUCUUCUUCAACAUUAAUGAAAUCUACUUCAAAUUUUCAAUAUGAUAGUUUACUUAAUUCAUCAUCAUCCUCGUUUUUGCCACUAGUAGGAGGAACAAAUAUUUCAACAAAUCCAACAUAUACAUGGACUUAUCAUAAUCCGAUAUAUAAUACAAAUGCAACAAAUACUUUAAUCGAAGAAGUUAAAUAUGAAUUAAUGAACGAAGAUGGUAAUAGUAUCAAUGAUAAUGACCAAAGCAUAAAUAAGGAUUUUGAUUCAAAAGUUUCAUUAAAACAAAAACUACAACGUAAUCGAACAGCUUUUACACAAGAACAAAUAGGAAUGCUUGAAAAAGAAUUUGAACAUACACAUUAUCCGGAUAUUUAUGUACGAGAACGUUUAGCAAAAAGUAUAGAUUUACCAGAAAACCGUAUACAAGUUUGGUUUUCUAAUCGAAGAGCUAAAUGGCGUCGUGAAGAAAAAACACGUAAUCAAAAACAUACAUAUACUGCUUGUGAAUCAUCAACAAGUAAUACAAAUAUUCAAUCUAUAGUUUCUCCAACAAGAUUAUCUAUAUGCAUUCCUCAACAACGACCAGAUUAUAAUAUUGAAUCAAAUAUUCCACAAUGUUAUUUUCCAAUGGAUAAUCAACAAAAUUUAUCUGUACAAUCUCUGAAUUAUUCAUGUUCAUCAUCGAAUCCAACGUAUUCAUUAUCAACAGGUAAUUGUUAUGAAGAUCUUUCAUUUGCACAAAAGCCAUCAUCUUAUUAUUCUUCGGAUUAUAAUACACUUUCAUCGAAUACAACAUGUCAAUCAUCAAAUUUUCUUCAAACAUCAAUGCCAUCAUCGACAUUUUGGAAUCGAUUUCAAUAA